AUGUAUGGAAAUGUCUGGAACAUUGGACGGAGUCGGAGGGAUCGUAAAGGGCGUAGCGACAGCGUCUCAGACUGUCAGAACUGGCAGGACCUGGACUCACAGAACACCGUUAAUAAAAUAGAAAACAUCGAGACGUCAGUCGAAGUGGUGGACGGGAGGCAGAAGAUAGUCAGCAGACUGGUGAUCCAGAACGCCAGUGUAUCAGUCAUGUAUAAAUGCUCUGCUAACAACAAAGUGGGUAAAGACCAGAAGCUGAUAUACUUCUAUGUGACCACAAUCCCAGAAGGGUUCAGUGUAGAGCUGGGUCCGUCUGAGGAACCUCUGGAGCAGGAGGAGGUGUCGCUAAGCUGCAUCGCUGACAACUACACCUACGAACAGCUCACCUGGUACAGACUGGACCCGCAGGCGCUGCAGGAUGAACGUGGUAAACCCCUGGAGCUGGACUGUCGUAGUGUCCACCUGUACGCUGACCGCCUGGAUGGACAACUGACCUAUCAGGAGCAGUCUAACAGCUGGGUCCUGGAGAUGACUAUAGCUAGCAUCACGCUACAGGAUGAAGGGAACUAUGUCUGUGAGGUUCAGAAUAGGAGGAGCCGAGAGAAACACUGUCUACGCAAAUACAUAUCGGUUAAAGCUCUAGAAGCCCCCUGGUACAGACACAACCCAGCCAAUCAAACAUUGAACGUCAGUGAGUCUCUCCUGAUGGAGUGUGAUGUCGUGGGAACUCCUUCACCACACCUCUCCUGGUUCAAAGACAACCAGCCCCUGCACCAAAUGUCAGGACUGCAGCUACAGGACGCCAACAGGACUUUGAGUAUCCAGCGUGUCAGAGAAGAGGACGCCGGUCUCUACACCUGCACCGCCUGUAAUCAGAGGGGCUGCGCCCACUCCUCCGCUGCCGUCACAGUGCUGGGUUCUAGUGACAGGGCUAACUUGGAGAUCAUGAUUCUGAUCGGGACGGGUGUCAUCGCUGUGUUCUUCUGGGCUCUACUCCUUCUCAUCUUCUGCAACGUCAAACGGGUGAACCCAGCAGAUAUAAAGACAGGCUAUCUGUCCAUCAUAAUGGACCCAGGGGAGGUUCCUCUGGGUGAGCAGUUUGAAUACCUCCCCUACGACUCCUCCCAGUGGGAGAUAUCUAUGGACAAACUACAACUAGGGAAGGUGUUGGGGCAUGGAGCGUUUGGGAAGGUCAUCGAGGCCUCCAUCUUUGGCAUCAGCCAGAACAACAGCCUGGACACUGUGGCGGUGAAGAUGCUGAAAGAGGGAGCGUGUGCCAGUGACCACAAGGCUCUGAUGUCAGAGCUGAAGAUCCUGAUCCACAUUGGGAAUCAUCUUAACGUGGUCAACCUCCUGGGGGCAUGCACCAAACCCAGCGCCCCCCUCAUGGUGGUAGUGGAGUACUGCAAGUAUGGGAACCUGUCCAACUACCUGAGAGCCAAGAGAGAGUUCUUCCUACCUUACAGGGACCGCUCCCCUAAGACUCAGAGCCAGGUGAGACGCAUGAUAGAGGCGGGACAAGUGGAGCAGAGAGCCCGCCUCCCACCUUCCCCGUCCUCCUCCUCUAUUGGCAGCCUCCAGAAUCAGUCACCCAGCAAGUCCAAUCAGAAGAGCCACACUCCUGCUGUGGAGAAAAUGGAAGACCUAUGGAAGACUCCUCUCACUAUAGAAGAUCUGAUUUGCUAUAGUUUCCAGGUGGCCAGGGGAAUGGAGUUCCUGGCCUCACGAAAGUGUAUCCACAGGGACCUUGCAGCGAGGAACAUCCUGCUGUCAGAGAACAACGUGGUGAAGAUCUGUGACUUCGGCCUGGCGAGAGACAUCUACAAAGACCCCGACUACGUCAGGAAAGGCAGCGCCCGUCUGCCACUGAAGUGGAUGGCUCCAGAGAGUAUCUUUGACAAGGUCUACACCAGCCAGUCUGACGUCUGGUCCUUUGGUGUUCUACUCUGGGAGAUCUUCUCUCUGGGUGCAUCUCCGUACCCAGGUGUCCAGAUCGAUGAGGACUUCUGUAAACGACUGAAAGAUGGAACCAGGAUGAGAGCUCCUGAAACAGCUUCCCCUGAGAUCUAUGGUAUAAUGCUGGCCUGCUGGCAGGGCGAGCCCCGAGAGAGACCUCCCUUCCAAGCCCUGGUAGAUAUCCUGGGAGACCUACUCCAGGACGACAGCCUACCAGAUGGUAAGGACUACAUCCCCCUGAAUCCGUCCCAGAGUUCUGAGGAAGACAGCUUCUUUCACGCCUCAUCACGACCCGCUUCACAGGAGGAGAUGAGACUGGCCUGUCACAGCAUACCCAUCAGGUAUUAUAACUGUGUGCCCUUCGCUGGCUGUGUGUUCGUGGGGCCGUCGAAGCUGUCGUCAUGCCAACCCAGAGUGAAGACAUUUGAGGAGCUCCCAAUGGAAACGGCCUGGUAUAAAACCCACAACAACGGAGACAACCAGACAGACAGUGGGAUGGUUCUGGCGUCAGAGGAGUUUGACAUGAUCCAACACAAACACAGAGGAGCCAAGAGUACAGAGCGCCUGGUGGUGGUAGAGUCCAGCGGUAGCUCUGUUAGUUCCAGACACCGACCAGCCUUCCUCUCCCAGCUCUCUGGCCAGACCUUUUACAACAAUGAGUAUGGUCAGCUAUCAGAGGAGGGCAGGGUCCUGGACUUCUUCUCCUCCCCUGAUGAUACACGCUGCCUCGCCUCCUCCAACCUGUGAUGUCAUCAUCACAGAGUGGGUAGCCCCUCCUCCUCCAACCUGUGAUUGGCUACAGUGGGUCAGCCCCUCCUCCUCCAACCUGUGAUUGACUACAGUGGGUUAGCCCCUCCUCCUCCAACCUGUGAUUGACUAGUGGGUUAGCCCCUCCUCCUCCAACCUGUGAUUGACUAGUGGGUUAGCCCCUCCUCCUCCAACCUGUGAUUGACUAGUGGGUUAGCCCCUCCUCCUCCAACCUGUGAUUGACUAGUGGGUUAGCCCCUCCUCCUCCAACCUGUGAUUGACUAGUGGGUUAGCCCCUCCUCCUCCAACCUGUGAUUGACUAGUGGGUUAGCCCCUCCUCCUCCAACCUGUGAUUGACUAGUGGGUUAGCCCCUCCUCCUCCAACCUGUGAUUGACUAGUGGGUUAGCCCCUCCUCCUCCAACCUGUGAUUGACUAGUGGGUUAGCCCCUCCUCCUCCAACCUGUGAUUGACUAGUGGGUUAGCCCUUCCUCCUCCAACCUGUGAUUGACUAGUGGGUUAGCCCCUCCUCCUC